AUCACAUUCAAGUCAAGUACUUUUGAAUAAAGUACUUUUGAGAGUACUUUAAGCACCACUGGUUAAAAAUGUGUGCAUGUUUGUGUGUUUGUCAUGGUUGUUGGUGUGUGUUUUUGGGUGGGGGAGGCGCAGCAGACGUGAGGGGGGGCCAAGCAAGAAUUACUUCUGCUCUGGUUAGCAAAUACAACAGAAAAGAAACAACACAAAGUAACACACACCUUGGAUAUUGGGGGGGGGGGUCUCAUUAGUGCUGACACCACCGCCAUGUGCACUCCAGAAUAAAUACCAAUUUAUAAAUAGCCCCCCGCUACCCCCAAAAUAAUCUUCCAAAUAGUGGAGAAACACUCCCAAAAAAACAGAAGCAACAAAGCUGUCACUCAAAUUUUGGGAAGGGGAGGGGGGGCGGAUGAGGAGGUUUAAAGGAGGGGGAGGAGGAAGAGGGGACCAAACAACCCCGUCCUCCCUCGUCCCCCUCCCUCUCCGCCCCUGCCUUUCUCUCACUCACUCUCUCUCUCUCACUUCUCUCCUCUCUCUGCUUGUCGUCUUCUUUCAUUCCCGCCACUGUUAGCGAGCCCAGCCGGAGCGGACCGAGCGAGCGAGCGAAGUCCCUGUACGCAUCACCGCGCGCGGCUGGAGGAGAUGGAGCCGUGAGCCAAACUGAGCCGAGCCGAGCCAAACCGAGGGGCGAUGCUGCUGAAUGAAGAAGACUCCUCUUCCUCUUCUUUUUCGUCUUCUUCACGCGCACGUUCCUGUACUGUGGACUGCGCGUGCACGCCGAGCAUGGAGCCCAGCUCGUGCACGGGAAGUUGCCGCCGACGCACGCGGAUGGCGCGAGCACUCUUUUCGCUGCUGCUGUUGCACUUCAUCUCCGUGCACGGAGUCGUCACGGCGACCAACACCACCGAGCUGGCCGCCUCCCCAAACGGGACCGUCCCGCUGAGCGAGCAGGAGGGUCCCGCCGAUGUCAGCCGUGCCGUCACCAUGGGAAAUGGUUCCGUCAACACUGUGACACCCAGGGUGGGCCGCGUGGCCCGCGGCAGCGGUGAGGAGGAGGAGCUAAGCAGCGGCAUGUUAGCGCCGGAAGUAGGCGGUACGACCUCGCCAUCUCAGAUCAGCCUGGAUUCGGCGGAGACGGAGCUGCUGUUACUCGGCAACCGUCUGCCAGCCGACGUCGUGGAGGAGGAGCCUCCGGCGCGUACCGAUCCGCCGUGGAUCAACGUCAGAGACACGGCCGUGUUCGACCUGGACCGACCGUCCUCCGGCCCCCCUCCGGCGACCAACGCCGACGUCCUCCACGUGGACUUUUUCGAUCCCGCCUCCCGUGGACGUAACCUAGACUUGGCCCCGCGACCCACCUCCUCGCUGGCUCACGAGCUCCAGGGCGGCGACCCGACGUCCUGGGCCAUGCCUGACAGCUACGACUACCUGACCCCGUACGAGGACGGGGUGUCCCCCACCGCCGACGAGUACCCCGACACCACCACCGAAAACGGCGACCCCCCGGCUCGACCCAAGUCGGCGGGUCCCGCGUCUUACCUGCCGAACGGCCCCCGGCGCGCCACCCCCGCCGACGGCUCCGACGGGAUGGGCGGCUGUCGCCCGGGCUACCAGAUGGUCAAUGCUACUUGUCGCUCCCCAUGUGACUUUGACCCCAACUUCUGCUAUAAUGGAGGGCAAUGUUACUUACUCGAAGACGCCGGAACAUUCUGCAGGUGCAACGUUCAAGACUACAUCUGGCACAAAGGUGCCCGCUGCGAGGCGGUGGUGACGGAGUUCCAGGUCAUGUGUUUGGCGGUCGGUGCGUCGGCCGUGGUGGUCCUGCUGCUUUUUAUGAUGGUGGUCUGCUUCGCCAAGAAGCUCCACGUACUCAAGACUGAAAAUAAGAAGCUGCGCAGACGCAGUAAGUACCGGCCCACGUCGGAGGCUCACAAUGAUAAUUUCUCGCUGUCCACCAUCGCUGAGGGCUCCCACCCAAACAAAACCAUGAGCAGAUAUACGUGGGAGUGUAAGACCAAAGAGGAGUCCGACUGCGAGGAUGAUCCUAAUUCCCACAACAAGCUGGAGGAGCCAGUGAAGGCCCCGCCCAAGGAAGACGACGCCCUCAACAUCCACAACGCGCUGACGCCCAAACACGACAACCACAAGCUGCUGGGCGACGACGACUCAGAGGUCAACUCUCUGCAGAACAACAUGAUGUGAAAAAUACACUUUUUCACCAUCGAGACCCCCCCCCCCCACCCCAAC